GAAGGUGAUGGGUUCGAAUCCCUUCCUGGGCCUUUCUGUGUGUACUUUGCAUGUUCUCCCCAUGUCGCGAGAGUGGAGCGGGUAUGGUGCGCCGGUUCGGUGGAAAAAUGCGCUUUCGGGAGAACUCGCGUGUGCGCGCGCUGUCUGAGCGCAAAGCUUGGACCCGCCGUCUUUCUCAUUCAGUCUCGAGUCGUGCCAAGUCACCCGCCCUUACAAAAAUGAUAAGAGCAAAGCUGCCACAACUCUGCAAACACCGCGCUAAUGAUUAACCCGAUAAUACAUUUUUUUUGGAGGAGGUCUGAAUUGAACGUUAAUACUUCCUGAUCACUACACUCGGUACGUUCUCCUCACCGAAGGGGUCAUUUUAUGGGGGAUAACAAAAUGGAGACUCUGGGAAAAGACACCGCGCAGGUGGAAUGCAAACAACCAGAUGACAACGAAGGUGGGAUUCGACGGCGGCUGCGGGACAGAGACCUGCUGAGGAAGAGGAGGGCGGAGGCGGAGGAAAAGGAAAUAUACCAGUGGGUUUAUGGGGUGCAGAGUAAGAGGCAGAGGGGCAGGCCGGAGGGGAAGACUGGUCCCGGCAGGAAAGGCCGGCCCAAGAAGAGCGAGACCGCAGUCGCGCCCCAGCCUGCCCAGGAGGGGGCGCCACAGGACGGCAGUGCUGAGGAGGAGGUGCAGCAGGGGGCCGUCCUGUCACAGACGGAGGAGCAGCUCCCUUGGGACCCCGCCCAAGAGGAGCAGCCGGUUAUCUCUGACCCCGACCAAGCCGAGCAGCCCGUUACUGCCAACAUCGCCGACGUAGCGGAGCAGCUCCCCACUGACACCGUGGAAGGGGCGGGGGAAAGCCUCCCUCCCCCAGCACUGCCGCCCACUCUGCCCCAGCCGCUAGGGCUACUGCUCCCCCCUCCGGCUCCUCCUGCUCCGGAACCCCGGCCCGAGGUCAUCCCGUUCCUGGCCCAGGAGCAAGCCCCGCCCGCGGAGACCACGAGCAUCCCGCCGAAAGAUGAGGUCACGAUCGAGGACCUGGGACCGGACGACGAAGAGGCUGAGCCUGAGCCGUACCCGGCCAGAGAGCUGGAGCCGGAGCGAGGUACGGAAGAGGAGCCGGGCGAUAACGUGAUGGACAGUACAGGAGUGUUCUCCAUCUCCACCCUGGUCUCCCCACCUCAGCCGAGUUACCUCCCCGGACCCUCCCUGUGAGGAGACCCUGUUAGCCCCCAAACAAAGAAGCCUUUCAGUCCGACCGAGAGGCCGCGCGCUUAGUUGAGCACUUAGCCGCUGCUCGCGUAGCAACCGCGCGUGUAGCCACGCUGGCACGCUCAACCUGGUAACCCCCAAGGAAAUAAUAUAGUAUUUUUAAUAAAUAUUUUUAAAAUACUUAACAAAAAAAAAGAAAAAAAAAGCUUUUCUAAAAAUGGUACGUUAGCUCAAUUUUUCAAUCGCGAAAAUCGUUUUUCUUACAAUUUAAUGCAGGUCUUCUUAACGGAACAAAAAUGAUCAUACAUUAUAUUGGUAUUCAGUCAUUGUUAACAUUCAGGAGAACGUCUUAUUGCACAAAACAUGUAUCAAACAUGUACCUGAUGUUUUUAUGAGUUACAGUGUGAUAAUACAUGUCUAUAGCUUAUAGUCUGAGGAAGAUAACUUGUGUUAUUACCUAACUGAAAUGGUUAGAAGCCAUUAUUGGUAGCUUGGACAUUGUAGUAAAAGUUGGUUCUGCAUACUUCUCAGCUUAGUGCAAGUGUAGGAACUUGUAACUACAGUACUUGCAAAAUAUACCAUAUUACACAAAAACGAAAAAUAUUAUUUUUGAUGGAAAAUCUUUUGUAAGUUUUAUUGGGGUGACACGCAGCCAUUCAUUAUUCAUUGUUAUAUUAAUAUAUUCAGCUAUUCAACCAUCUUUCAUUUUUGAUAAUGCAACAUGGAAACAGUCUGAUGUACUACAUGUAUAGUUGUGUGGUCUAUCGCCCUCUUCUGUCCAUAAGAAUAAAUACACAGAUAUGAAAUGCUUCAUGGCCUACAUCCAGACAUCACAAGCUUCUGGCAAUCACAUUUCCCUUUAAAUAUCUCAAUUGACACAUCCAUAAAAAUGACUGUUUAUUAGUAGUUUAUUUAUACCGUCUUAACAAUGUAACCCAGAUAUGUUUGUAUUAAAUGCUAAAGUGGAUAGAAGGAUAAAAGAUAAAAAGGAGAUCACUGUCUUUGUUUGGGAAAUAAAUAUGUACAGCCUAAAUAUUUUUUUAAAUGAAAUAUUACUUAAAUAAAUGCGACAUUAUAAAACAGA